AUGGCUAAGUUUCCCUUGGCUUUGACCCGACUACCAUUGCUCGCUGUGGUCAUGCUAUGUCCAUUGAUAUCACUGUGGAGCCUGGUGAAAGUUUCCAAACUGACCACACCUUCCUGUGGGGUCAAUCAGGUCAUUGUCAUGAUGGAGAAAGAGAAUAGAGUCCUGGAGACGGACCUCUCCGAAACUCGUAUGAAGGGAUUGUUUUCCCAGAUACGUAAGUACGUGGUGGAACCACAAAGAUUUACUCCUCAGAAAUAUAACACCAAUCCAAGUAAACUCAGUUCCACUGAUUACAGAAAAGUUAUGGCCUACCUAAACGGACAGAGAGUUACCCAGGACAACCCGACUUUAGUGUCACUGAUCAGAAACUAUUAUAUUGAGAUGCCAUCUUUGGAUCCGUAUCAUCUGGAUGACCCGGAUGUAGUAGAGCCCUCGUUUGGCCAGACGCCUCUGGUCGAUAGCCGACUUCACUACAUGGCAAGUACACUUAUGGCUAACUUAAAGAGUGAAAAUGGUUUUCUGGAAGGUGGAUUUUAUGUAGAAUGUGGAGCUCUAAAUGGUGAAAAGGGUUCCAACAGCCUGUUCUUCGAAAGAGUAAGAAAAUGGAACGGAUUGCUGAUCGAGGCUGACCCCACUAAUUACAGAGCUCUGAAAACUAAAAACAGAAAGGCAUUCACCGUCAACGCCUGCCUCAAUCCAAAACCUUACCCAGCCGAGAAAAUUGUGUUUCCACAGGUUAUGUUUAACAAAGCAUUCAAUAUGGGGAGGGCCAUCCAUGAUGAUUUUGUCCGGAAGUGGUUGUCAAAUCGAGGGAUCAAACUCGAUCCAGUGCCUGUCCAGUGUUUUCCACUUUAUUCCAUUCUGCUUGCCCUCAACCAAACGACCAUAGAUUUCUUCAGUCUAGAUGUGGAAGGAGACGAGGUCGAAAUACUCAAGACUAUUCCAUUUGAUAAAAUCAACAUAAAGAUGCUGACAGUGGAAUAUUCCCACGGAUCUGGCGGGAAGGAUGAACUGCAAUAUUUCAUGGAAUCCCAAGGAUACGAAACCCUGGUCUCCAUGGAAAGGGACGACGGCGGAGUAAAAGAUCUUAUCUUCAGGAAGAAAGGUUUAGCGACGUAAAGG